GUAACACCAAGAAGGACGCAUUAAUAUGAGAUCUUGUUCUUUUCCAGAAGCAGAUACCCAAUGCUGUAUCCUCUGCAAGUCAAAAACUACUAAACGUGGUCAGACUUUGGCAUACUUCUGAUUUUAAACAGAAGCAAAUAAUUUCCUCAACCAUCACAAUAAACCCCUCCUCAAAAACUUGGAGGAUAUUGUGGAUUAUGAAUCGCAGCAUCUGUUGGCUUUGCAGUUUGUUCAGAGAUGGCACAAACAGAGUCAUUUCCAAAAUAAGCCUGGAAGAAGUACUUCAGUGGUCUCAGUCUUUCGAAAAGCUUAUGGCUACUAAAUAUGGGCCAAUUGUCUACAAGUCCUACCUGAAGACUGAAUAUAGUGAUGAGAACAUGGAAUUCUGGUUGGCUUGUGAAAAAUAUAAGAAGAUUUUAUCUCAGAGGAAAAGAUUAUCAGAGGCACAGAAACUUUUUAAGGAAUUCAUCCAACCCCAGGCUCCAAAAGAAAUUAAUAUUGAUAGUCCAGUGAGAGAAGGUAUAACCUUGAAGAUUCAGGAACCAACUCAGUGUUGUUUUGAUGAGGCUCAGAAAAUUGUAUAUCUUCAUAUGGAAAGAGACUCAUAUCCCAGGUUUCUUAGCUCAGAAAUCUACCAAAGCCUUAUCUUCACUCUUUCAGCCCAGCAACAAUCAACACUCUGUCUCAAAGAGGAAAAGUGAGAGCUUUAUUUUGAGUUUCAAAAUCAGAUAAAAGCAAGCAUGGCACUUUUGUAAUAUAUUGCAUUGCAAUUCCCACAUUCCCAACAUCUUUCCUAAUUUAAUGCUCUCUGAGUUGCACUCAACAUCAUGUCCCUCAGUUUAGAGAAGAACGCACUAAAUGAAUGCACUUAGAAAAUAUAAAUAUUUUGACAUGACUAUUAUUUUCUUGUUUUAAGUUGGCAUGGGAACGUACAUGGAACUGUAAAAUGCAAGGGCAUCAACCAAAGCUUUAGUAUUGUCUGAAUAAUGGAACCAUCACAGUGUUAGAGGCUGAUGUGGUUGAAUUAACCAAGUACUCUUACUCAGAUCAGAACUUCUAAGUCUUAGCAGCUUCUUGAUCUAAUACUGCUCUGUGGCACUUCCUGCCUUAUGCAAGCUACAGCAUCAGUAGCCAGAAACUCUAUCAACAUUCAGCCAGUCACCCAGCUAUUAAGCUAUUAAGUGUCUUUUAAACAAUUCAAGGAAGACUACAGCUGAUGCUGGCAUUCACCCUACACUAUGUAAAAGCCACAGCAAACAAGAUACAGUACUGUAUAGUGAAAUUCAUAACAAUAUAUCAAGGGCAAGCUAUAUUUAUAGUAUUGUAUUAAAAAUCUAUAUAAUGCUGGUAUCAUUACCUUUUAAAAUUCACUUUUAUUUUAAAUAGUAUAUUUUUAGAAGUUUCAUUCACACACACACCCCAAAAUAAAAGAACUGUAGUUAUUGGGUGGUUUAGAAAUACAAGGUUAUCAAAUUAAAGUGUUUCAACUUAAUUGAUAUAGAAAGGUAGCUGUAAUUCAAACCUAUGUUUUUCAAAGGAUACAAGCAGACAUUGAACACACACACUGAAAGUUAACAGUGAAGUUAAUACAAAUAUAGGUGAGUAAGUGAACCUAAAUAAUGUGUGAAUUUAAGUGAAAGGGGUGAUCAUUCAAAAGAUAUUUAAAUUAUUUUUUCUUACAAUAUUUAUAUUUAAUAAAAUGCAAGUGAAUAAUCCAAUAAAAGUUGGAUAUUAUUAACAUAUUAAUAAUAAAUUUUAUUAACAAUAACAUUCUUUUAUUUAUUAUCUUAUUUGAGUGAUCAUUUCUCCUCAAUUAUGCCUACCCUGUCGCAUUAGGUUUGGUAGACCUACAGUAUUAGGGACUGUAUUUAAUAAAAUUGCUAUUUAAAAAAAUAUAUACUGUAUAGUAGUGGGGAGUGCCAUCUGGUAGACCCCAGAAAGAAAGUCUUCUCUUCUCAUGGGGGCCACCCUUUGGAACAUGAUCUCUCCAAUAAUUAUACUGGAUAUGACUUUGCUGGCUUUUCACAAUGUCUUAGAGGCAGAGUUUUGUCUCUAAGCUUAAGGAUCCAGAUGCUUGGCAGAGCCUGUGCAACGGUAACGUUGAUUUGUUGUGGUUGUUUUUAUCUCAACUACUGGUGAUCUAUUGUUGUUACUAUUUUAUGGUGUUUUCCACGGCUGUUAGCUGCUCAAUGUUACCAUCCCCAAUUCUGAGAUGGGCAUGUAAACUGAAUAAAUAAACAAAUCUGAUUGGAGAGGUAGACAGAAGGCAAGGUGGCUAAAUUCUAUCACUGAUAACUCAAGCAGGUGCUUAUAAAAACUCAGACCAGCAGUUACUAAACACAGUUCUGAAGAAAUGACAGACUGCAAAGUGACUAAACAAUUGCACAACAAAAUUAAUGAAUUCUGCCUACCUUUUUUCAUCCACUUUUCAAUCUGACCAUGCCCACUUCUAGGAUCAUAACUUGACAGGACUCAAAGAAAUAAUGUGCAGCCCUGAUCUCCAACAUGAUAGAAUGAGAUGAUCAGAUGUUAUACUAAUACGUUAUCUAGAAUAGUUGACAGUCACAGCUCUUACGUGAGGGGUGGAUGGCAAAACUUUUUUUGGGAAAUGUAAGAGACCAAAUAAGAGUUGUAAGAGUUCAAUAAUAACUUAACAUUGUAGGGGAAAGAUAGUAGAAUAUACAUAGAUUCUUUUCAUUGGACUCUAUAUAAAUGAAAUUUGUACCACCAUUGUUUUCUAUCCACUUGUCACUUAAAUUAGUGAUUCAGUCAAUGGCAAUACUGUGUGGAGAACCCUAAGACUAUUAACUUUAUUGCUUUGAA